AUGAAUAACGAUAGACAACUCAUCGAAUACACAUCUGGUCGAUGGAUAUAUAACGAGAACGUCCGUCUCGCUGAGCGUCGCGGGAAAUUCAACAUUGAUGCGUUGAAAAGCGCUGCUGCUCAGUCGCUACAGAGAUGUGAUACAGAUAUCAAAAGUGUGACGAAGUUGGCGGAAGGAGGCUUCAACCGUGUCCUACAGGUCGCCAUGCUUGAUGAUACUCAGGUCCUUGCCCGAUUGCCAUAUCCAUCAACUGAGCCAAAACAAUUGGCAGUCGCUAUCGGGGUGGCGACCUUGGCUCUCCUUCGGGCCCAUGGUCUUCCUGUGCCCCGGGUGUAUGCCUACUCCACAGAUGCUAAAAACCCUGUUGGCUCGGAGUAUAUGAUCAUGGAGAAACUACCCGGACGGCCACUUGGUGAUCGGUGGUUUGAGUUGUCUGAUCGAGAACGUCUUAAGGUGCUCCUGCAGCUUGUACAGUUAGAAGCGAAGCUUCAUGCCAUUGAGCUACCCGCGAGCGGAAGCAUAUACUAUGCCAGCGAUUUACCAUCAGACUCACCACGGAUAGUCAUCCCAAAUUCUAAUUUCUGCAUUGGCCCUAAUGCAGCUCUUCAAUGGUGGUUCGAAGAGCGUGCUUCUCUCCGUGUUGAUCGCGGUCCUUGUAUGGAUCCGAUCGACGUUCUCCGAAAUCCUGCGUUAAAAGAAUUGGCCUGGCUGCGCACAUAUGGCCGGCCACGCUUCCCAUUUGAGCGUGCAUAUCGCGAGUCCAUGGAUUACCAAUUGUCCGACCCCAGCGAGCAUAUGGAAUCCUACCUCAAGAUAGCUCCUGCACUUCUCCCGUCGAAUGAGUUCUUCAGCCCGUCCUUCGUCACCCUGACCUUCAGCCAACAACAUCUUCCUGUACUACCACUCUUUCUUGCCGCCGGGAUCCCAGAGUUGUUCCACAAUUACGAUGACCCUGAAUCGUUUGAUUUUCGCCCGCCUUCCAGUCCAGAGUUAAGCGAACUGGACGAGCAAGGAAAGGCCGACGCUCUUCAUGAUUUUCGACGACGCCAUACCGACUUUUUCUACUUAGCCUUCACGCAGCGUUUCAAUAAAUCUCACUUCCGGGCUAUGGAUCAGACCACGAACAUGCUUACUCGCCGCAUUUUUAGCCAUGCGGGAGACCCCUGGGAAGGAAAUAACAUUCCCCUCCAGGCUGACCUCGUCCUAAUAAAGAAAUCCUUGCAUGAAUACUCGACUGGACCAUGCCCUAUAUCAUUCUCCACGGCCAAGUCUGAUUCCAUCAUGCACCUACAAAGCAUGCAGGAAGAGAUUGAUCUGCAACUCAAGCAUAUUCGUAAUGCUAUUGGUAUCAGUGUCAAUGGGUGGACCCCUCCCGAAGAAUAUGAAGCUGCCUGCGCUCGGGCUCGUCAGAUGAAAAUCGAUGGCCUCGCUUCCCUUGAUACAGACUACGAGCGCGAAAUGACGAAUCGACACUGGCCGUUUGAUGAUCAUAACGAGGAUGAGUAA